UCUCCUCUUCUUUACACGACACAAGCUUCGAAGCUGCGGUUGAGCCGGCUGUCUGGUGACGAACUGACCUUUCGGACUCCCGCAGUAGAACCAGCCGUCGGUUCUGCCGGACACUGGGCGGUGACCAGAGGUCGUUGGUUAAAUCAGAAGCACGGGUGAGUGCUCACUUAGCCGGCCACGUGCAGUUUGUGUUAUGGACGCCUGCUCGCGUUUUCGAGGGGUCCCACUAAGGACCAAAGCCACAGUCCGAAAGGAGACUAUACGUGACAGUGGGGCUCAGUGGGUGAAGACCAUCUUCAGAAACAAGAAGGAACUGUGCAGUGUUGGCUUCGACCCACAAAUCAGCGACCCAGCAAGACUAACCCAGAUUCAUUUUGUGUGUUUACCAAGUCAGUGUGAAGGCGAAGAAGUCACUCAGCAAGUUCUGUCGUCUCUGCCAGUGGGCCUGUGUGAGCUGCUCCGAUCACUCCAUGUCCACAGCCUGAAGAAUGAUGAGGUUCUCCUGCUCAAGGACUGUUGCAGGCUGUCUGAGCGCAAGGACCCCGGGCCUCUGUGCUGGCUGAAGGCAGUGUGUGUCCUGAGGCACAAUCCCAACACAAGUCCCUGCCCUCAAGCCACUGCGGCGUCCUUAGUUGGCUUGCUGGGCUGUUAUAUGGCAGGAAUCCGUUACCUGCUGGAGCAACAGGUUCUUCAGAAGGUCACCGCUGAAACCAGCCAGCCAGAGGAAGAUGACACUAACCAGUCCGUCUCAUCUAUUGAGGACGACUUUGUCACAGCACUGGAGCAUCUGGAGGACGACGACACAGGAGAGAACCUCUCUCCAGCAGCCUAUCACCAUUUUAAGAAGCGUGAUGUUGCAUCACAGACUGUCCCAUCUCACAAAAGGCAAAAGGACCUUUUGGACUCACGCGUUAUCCUGACAUCCUCUUCCAAAAAAUGUUCAACAAGUAAUAGAUCGGCUGCAGAUGUAUCUGUCACAGUUCAGAGGUCAUCGGGAGUGGAAUCUCAGUGGACUUACUGCAGCCUCGGAGCUCGUCUCCCUUCGCCUUCAGUUCUUCUUAGUGAUUCUGAAGAGUCAGAUUGCUCAAGUCCCAGUCCAAUCAUCUUCUUGGAUGAGGUGGGCUACCAGAAAAGUCUGUUGGCCAAGCUGGACAUACCCCAGGUGCCGGGAGGACCCAAAGAAAGGGUGGAAGACUCUGACUCUGAAGUCAGUGAGUUUUUUGACAGCUUUGACCAGUUUGAUGACCUUGAGGAGAUCAGUUCAGAAAGCUGCACCUUGGCUCUGCCUCUGGACAUCACAAGCACUCCAGCCUCAGAGAAGAACCCAUCUGAGUCUAACACCAGCGUUACAGUGACCAAACAUGCACCUGUAAACUGCUCAACAAAGGUUAUGAAUCCCCACCGCUUUGACCAUCCAACUCUCCCUGCCAGUGUGAAAAAACCGACUCCUCUGAAACCAGGUUCUCCUUACUCCCUCAACUCGGACAUGUAUGACCCUUCCCUGCCAGUGCAGAGCCCCUCUGAAGACAGUGGAGGUCCACUCUUUAGUCCUGUCAGCUCCUCAGCAUUCAGCCCUCUCGUAGACUUUGGAGGACCUCUGGAAUAUUUCUGGAAGACUGACGGUAAUGGACGGGAGAGCUCAGAGCUGCGUAAACCGCAACACCUUUGCUCUCUUUAUAAGACUUACUCAGACUUUGCUAGCAACCUGUCUAAAGAGAUUUUAGGGUCUGUGUGUGGCUACCAGUCUCCUGUCAACAUCGAUGAAAACAAAAAUCUUAGCUGUGUCUGCCACAAGAAAUUCAAGAACCCAUCAGGCUACCUGAUGAAGCUCUCGGAAAUCCAAGAGACUGUAACCGCGACUAAGGUACAGCAGACGUCCCAGUCCCUGAAGGAUGCCAUUCAGAGGUUUGCUGCCGAUCUGGUUGAAAUGAGUCUUGGUAGUGCUUUGCGUGACCUUCAGAAAGGUGUGUCCUCUUGUACCACCACGCUGUGUCACCUGGCUGCCAGGCUUACAUCCUCCGUGUUUCAGAUGGCCUUUCAUGAGAUUGGAAUGCGUCAGGCCUAUGUGUUAAAAGAGCGAGCAAUCAACGGAUUGGCUUCCUUUCUGGUUGGAGAGGCUGUAUCUGGGGCACUGAAGGAGUUCCUGACAGUGAAAAAGCAGAUUUUCCACAAUACAGUCACACGCUUUGCUGCUGAUUUGGCUGAGGAGCUGGUGUUUGAAGGCAUAAUGGAAGUAUGUCAGUUCUCAUAUCCCUCAACCCCUCUGGCCUGCAGUAACUGGACAUUUGCACAUGAGCAAGAAGAGGAUGAGGAGGUAGUCUGUUCCUAUGCUUCAGAUUUGUCUGAGUCAGUUCUCCAAGAGGCUUUUAUAGAACUUUCUCAGACCGAUGUUGCCUUCACCAGCCAAGCAGCGAUCAGUGUUUCUCUGGACAACGUCUGUUACGUCAGUGCAGAAAACUCCAGUUCUAGCACCAGCAGUACGUUUGCUAACCAGCAGGUUUUGUGUGCUAGCUCAGCAGUAGCUGUCCCAGAGAUCUCAGAGAAUGCUGCCUGCACUGUGAAGAAAGCUCUCUUCAGUGUUUCAGGAGUGGCCAGCUGCAUUCCUGUACCCCAUGCAGGCCAGGCACUCUCCAGUCUUAAGGCUUCUGAAGAGACCUGUCACAAUAGCUGUAAUUUUGUAGAUACAUCACAGAUCAGCUCCUCAAAAAGCCUUGUGGUUGUAUCUUCUUCGGGCACCACCACAUUUGCAGAAACUGACAUUUACAGUCAUGGAACCCAGACUUCAGUAACUGGAGAGGUAACAGUGUCCCACCUUUUCCCAGUGAAAUCUUCUGUCCACAACUUCUCUGACAACAUGGUAGGUAAGAUAGUAUCUGAUGCUUGUGAGCAAAUGACUGCCUCUAAAAUGAAGAGCAUUGGUGACUCUACAGAUUCCUUUACAAAGACUACCAGAAUCCAAAGAGGCUCUUUUUCUAGGUCAGGAAUAAGUAAUUGUGACCAGAAAGAUUGCAUGCAUCUUAAGAAGGUUGGUUCCAUAGGCCCCAUUGUCAUAACAAGUGGCGCCAAUGUUCAUCUGGCCUCCUUUCAUCCAGAAACACAAAUCCAGCCAAGAGUUGGUUCUCGAUUAGGCCCCAAGUCCAGCUGGAUGGCUGAGACGCAUCCCGUUUUAGUGAAAGAUACCCUUAAUAUACCCGGUACAGAGGCAGAUGGACAGAGGAGUAGGCCUUCUACUGAGGAGGAUUCAUCCUCUAACCUGAAGUCCAGUGGGAUUCCCUGCACUCCCCCGUGCACCCCUCAGCAGCCUAGUGAGGUGUCCACUGAUAAACAGGUGAAACAGUUUUCCAAGAAGCUGAAAAACAAAUUGGCCAAAGAAUUCUCCCCUGCCACACCCCCUCCAACACCGCACCACCAGGCCGAGCCUGGUCCAGGGCCAGCAGACAUUUCCCUAGAGGCAGAUAAAGCAGAGUUCAUGCUGAAAUUAAUGAGGUCCCUUUCUGAGGAGGCAGAUGAUGAUGAUAAUGAAGAUCAGGAAGAGUUGGCAGAGGAAGCAGAGGGUGAUUUUGGUAGCAGUGACAAAUGUUUAGAAACAACGAAUUGUCGCUCUGAAAUGAGCCCAUUGUUGCCUCACAGACUACGCAACAAGGAAGCUUUUCACUUUGCUGAGCGGUUGGCUUGUCACAUUGUCUCCAUGGCAACAGAAAUGGAUAACUUGGGAGUUGCAGACAGGGAGGAAGAGGUGAUCAGUGAGCGAAGGAGAGACAGUGUGGCUCAAUUCUCGGAACAGACACUGAAUAGCUUGUGGGUGUAUGCAGGCGAGGUGGCUGGAGAAGUUAUCCAUGAUGUGAAGAGGAUGGUAACUUCUGGACAGCAGUGUCUGUAUCACAGAGCUCUGAGGAGAAGAAGUCUGGAUAGUUCAGGCUUUAAAUGUCCCAAUCAACAACACAAACAAACCAGGACACUCCAGAACAAAGCCUGUAGGGUGGCGGAGCAGUGGCAUAACAACAUGACAGCCACGUUCUCCCAAUCUCCUAUGUCCACUUCUACCACCAUCUCCAGCUCAAGUUCUGGUCUGUCCUCACAGUACGCCAGUUGUGAAAGUAUGACUGAUGAAUAUGCAACCUACCUCAUUAGGGUGCUAAAAAAGGAGGGAGGUAAGAGAGAGUUGGUUCUAGAUCACUAUGCAAGCCAUUUAGCUUACCGCGCCAUAAAACUAGGCCUAGAACAGGCCACACGCAAAAUCAAGCAAAGAUCCUCCAGCACACACCCUCAUGUUUCCAAGUCUCUUCGAGAUAAACGGAAAGGUUUUAGUUAUGAUCAGUCUUCAUUCAAAGAUGGAUCAGAGACGGUGGUUUGUCCUUUGUGGAAGGAUGGUAUUUGUUGUUGCAGAAACUCUGAACAACACAGCCAAAGAGAGUACCCAGAUCUGGUACACUUUGCAGAGUCCUUGGCCUACAACGUCACAUGUGAUGUCACACAGAAAUUGCAUUUUUCCUCUGCACGUAUACCAAAGUCUUUCACUGACUCCUGUCUAUACAAGACAUCCAAGGUCAAAGACCAGGCAGAUACUCUAAUCAGGAACUCUUUCUCCUGCCCCCUGUUGUCCAAAGAGGGUCUGCGUAAACAUCACCGCAGUACAGGAAGCCUGUGUGAAGGUGGUUACAGCAGUAGGGCAAUGCAGGUUAUUGAACACUAUGCCAGGAAGAUUGUUGAUGACACUCUGAAGGUGAGCCUGGCUUCAGUUGGACACUCCCAGGAACACCUGAAGAUCCAAGGUGACGACAAGCGCUCUCAUAGUCAGAGGUUGUCUGAUGGGGCAGGACCGUGCCAAGGACCGGAAGAAAGAACAUGUCAUCUUUGUCAGGUCCAGGAUUGCCUCCACUGCUCCAAAUUCAGCAGACAUCGCUACCAGUCUGCGAUACAUAGGAGGAGAAGAGGGCAAGAGGGUCAGGCAAGGGCUGAGGAGCUGACGAACCUGGAGAUUCCUCAGAUCCAUAUUGACCUGGAUCGCAGAGCUACAUUUGCUGAAGACAUGGUGUCCAUGGCAAUAGAGAAUGCUAAGUGUGAGUUGAGCAACACCAGCCUCAAUGCAGACAGUGGCAUCAGCCACGAAGGAACCAGCUAUGCUGAGAGCCUCACCGCUGAGAUCAUGACCUCUGCUUUGUCCAUCUGCCAUUCCACAAGCAUCAGCUCUCCAGGCAAGGAAACAACUGAGUCCACUGUGUCUCAGCAGCUCAGUGUAGGUGAUGACAGUCUGGGCAGCUGGUCCAAUCUGAGUUUUGAAGAUGAGCACCCAGAUGACAACAGCAGCUUCCUCCACCUCAGUGACAGCAGCAAUGGGAACAGCAGUAGCUGGAGCAGCCUGGGCCUGGAAGGAGAUGGUUGUGAGGAGCGCAUGUCCUUCUCCCCCUCGGACAGUGACAACACAGAAGACAAGGAGCUUGAUGCCAAAGAGGAGUCCAGUGGGACGCUGCGUGUGGACGGGUCUCACAUUGCUCCUUCCAAGGUGUCGUUGGUCAUCUUGAGCUCUGAUGUGUGGCACCUUCAACAUGGCCCUCAGCAUGUGACCUUUAACCUUCAGCUGAGGAGCAUGCUGCAGUGGGUAGCAGCCUCACUGGCUGGUGUUCCCCAGAUCCAUCUGAGUCCUGAGAGAGAGCUACAGCAGCUCCCGGCGGUGGUCCAGAGGAUUUGGGAGAGGAAGUGGCGAGUGGGGGAGCUGCUGCACACGUUGCUGCGUUACUGCGAGGAGACUCAGUCGCAGCAGGCGAGCACAGAUCCUCAUCGCACCCAGCUCUUUCAGUGGCUUCUGGAACACAUCUAGAACCUCUCUGCCCCACUCCACCAUUUCACCUACGGCGCUAUAGCUUACUCUGCCCUCAGAGGGCGCCAUACACGUCAGCUGAUGCAGCUUCUCAUGAAUGUGGGCGUGGCAUGUUUUGCAUUGCAUGUCCUUACUGAGACCGCUUUUGUUAACUUUUUUUGGACGGUUGUUCUUUAACGUUUGGUGUCGUGCUCGUGGAUUCACGUGUGCGUUUGCUGCAGACACAAAGACGCACCUCAUCUGUUCCACUGCGAGGCGUCGCUGAGAUGGAGAAGAAUGUUCUGUUUGUUUUUAUUAGGGAAUCCCCGUAGCUGCUGGGUGGAUGAUGUCACACCUCUGUGGUGGUUUUACCACAUCUGAAGAGACCAACCGCACACACACACACACACACACACACACCGCCGUGCACUUAUCAGUCAUUAUGUCACACAGACGUCAUUCCACUCGUCGUCCUUCACCACGCUUCACAGCUAAAGUGUUAAAAAGUGUCCCCCCUCGCACUAAAACCCGCCUGCUGGUGUUUGUGAUGGAGACAGAAAUGUCUCUGUCUUUGUCCCCACUGUGGACAGAGUGCCAUUCACAGGUCAAGUUGUGGGAAAAAAUAGACGGAUUCCUCAGUCGGUGGUGGAUGAUUAAAGUCAGUAUUCAUAGGAGUUAAAUCCUAAAAAGCCAGGACCAGAUUGAACUGUAUUACUCAAACCCGUCUCCAGAACACGCGACAGAACGGUGUAAUUUGUCUCUGGUUGUGUUCAGCUCAGUUCUGAUGAUCUUUGCGCCUGCUGAUGCGCGUGGCGUUCCUGACGCCUCGUCACUUCAGACGCCACAUCGUGGGUGCAGACGUGUCUGAGCGUUGCUGAGUGGAAUAUUUGACAAACCUGCUGCCGUUGAGCUAUUUCAGGUUUUACACACCUGUUAGUCCCCAAAAUCAGUCUGUGAAAAUGUCCUGAGCGCGGACGUUGGUGACAGGAAGCAGCUGGUGGUGGUGUGGGUUCGUUUCUGUGAGAUUCAAAGUGUAACUGCACUGUAAUCUUUCCACACCGAUGACAGCGAAGCGUUAACCAGUCAGUUGUUCACAAUGAUUAAAAGUAUUUUACAAAGUCGUUAUUUGAAUUAAAAACACUCUUCGGUGACGGCCCGCGGUGUUCCGAUCCUAACAGUGGUGAAGUGCUAGUUUUCUACAUUCCUGGUGACGGUCACAAACAGAAUCAGGGAAAACACCGCCAGCACUCAUCUGCUCAGUAAAACCGCCUUGACACUUGCACAAAUUUGAUCCCCGCACUGCCGCACAAUUCAUCGUGCCAGUGCAUCCCACUUUGUCCCACUGGACGCCACA